CCCGAGCGCCCUCUUCUGGGAACCGGCCGCUGUGAGAGUGGGUAGCGGUGGCGGCGGCGGCGGCCGUAGCCGUCGCCGCCGGGGGGCGGGGAGCCCCGGCCACUGAGCCCCUCCCUGGGGUGGGGCUCGGCGGAGACUCUGGGCGGCUGGGGAGCCGGGCCCUGAGGAGAGCGUUGCCCUUGCCAGACUCGGGCGAUGGGGCCGAGAGCCCGGGCCCUGGCGCGGGGAAGGUGACCGCAGAUUCCGGCGGUAGGCGGGCUGCCAGCUCCCCUCGCCCCAGCAUCUCGCCCUCUGGAAGCCCGGGCCGCGAGGGCAAGGGCUCCCCGGGCCGGCGCCAGCAGCUUCCGAAGCAGCUGCGGCGUCGCGGGCGGUCUCGGAGGCAGCAAAGCGGUUGGUGGCCGUGGCGGCGGCGGCGGCUGGAGGGGCAGCAGCCGGAGCCGCGACAGCUGGGGCGGCGGCGGCGGCGGCGGGGCAGCUCCCCCGGGCCCUCUGUGGACCCUCCCGAGCGGGUGGCGUCCUGCGAGCGAUGCCCGGAGGCGCCAGAGCCCUCUCCGUCUCCCCUUCCCCCUCGCACACGCCGAGCCCGGCAGCGGCGGAGGCGGCGGAGGCAGCGGCCGCGGCGGCGGCGGCGGCGGCUAGGGGCCAUGGAGCUUGAGAACCUCUUGGCCAACACGCUGCUGCUGAAAGCGCGCCAAGGAGGAUAUGGCAAAAAAAGAGGUCGUAGUAAAAAAUGGAAGGAAAUGCUGAAGCUGCCCCCUGUCAGCCAGUGCAGCGAGCUUAGAUGUUCCAUUGAAAAGGAUUAUAACAGCCUUUGUGACAAGCAGCCAAUAGGAAGACUUCUCUUCAGGCAAUUCUGUGAUACAAGACAUGAUCUAAAGAUGUACAUCAAAUUCCUAGACGUAGUGGCAGAAUAUGAAGUGGCUGAUGACGAAGACCGCAGAAGUUACGGACUGUCCAUCUUAGACACGUUCUUCAGUGCUGCUGAGAGGGAAAGAUCUAAAAAGGUGGACGACACAAAAUCGGCAGCCCCUUUACCAGAAAUACCUUCACGUGUUUUGAAAGAAUGUAGGUUGAGACUGAAGGAGAACCCCUCCAAGGACGUCUUUGAGGAGUGCACCAGAUUUGUUCAUAACUAUUUAAGUGGAGAACCAUUUGAAGAAUAUCAAGAAAGUUCAUAUUUUUCUCGAUUUCUACAGUGGAAAUGGCUGGAAAGGCAACCAAUAACAAAGGACACAUUUAGACAUUACAGAGUUCUAGGAAAAGGCGGAUUUGGGGAGGUCUGUGCCUGUCAAGUGCGAGCUACAGGAAAAAUGUACGCCUGUAAGAAGCUAGCAAAGAAAAGAAUAAAGAGGAGGAAAGGUGAAGCAAUGGCUCUAAAUGAGAAGAGGAUGCUGGAAAAAGUGAAUAGCAGAUUUGUAGUUAGUUUGUCUUAUACUUAUGAGACCAAAGACUCCUUGUACUUGGUGCUGACCAUUAUGAAUGGAGGGGACCUAAAGUAUCACAUUUACAACCUGGGCAGCCCUGGCUUUGAUGAGCAGAGAGCGAUCUUCUAUGCGGCCGAACUGUGCUGUGGCUUGGAGGACUUACAGAAAGAAAGAAUUGUGUACAGAGACUUAAAGCCUGAGAAUAUCCUCCUCGAUGACAUUGGGCACAUCCGGAUCUCAGACCUGGGUUUAGCCGUGGAGGUCCCGGAGGGCCGGACCGUCCGAGGAAGAGUGGGGACCGUCGGCUACAUGGCUCCUGAAGUUAUCAAUAAUGAAAACUAUACUUUUAGUCCUGAUUGGUGGGGACUUGGCUGCCUGAUAUAUGAGAUGAUUCAGGGACAUUCUCCAUUCAAAAAGUUCAAAGAGAAGGUCAAGCGACAGGAAGUCGAGCGCAGAGUGAAGAAGGACACAGAGGAGUACUCCAGGAAGUUUUCCGAGGACGCCAAGUCCGUCUGCAGGAUGUUACUCACCAAGAAUCCCAGACAACGGCUGGGCUUCAGCGGUGGAGCAACGGAAGUGAAGGGACACCCCGUGUUCAAGGACAUUAACUUCAAGAAGCUGGAAGCAAAUAUGUUGGAUCCCCCUUUCUGUCCUGAUCCGAAGGCAGUGUAUUGUAAGGAUGUCGUGGAUAUCGACCAAUUCUCCACGGUGAGGGGAGUCUACCUGGACACCACGGACGAUACUUUCUACAGCCAAUUUGCCACAGGCUCUGUCUCCAUCCCCUGGCAGAACGAGAUGAUCGAAUCGGGUUGUUUUAAGGACAUCAACGAAAGUGACACUGGAGAAUGUGUGGCACUACAUCUACAAGAGACACUGUGCCACCCAGUUCCCAAAGCAAAGAGAGGCUUCUUCUAUAGACUCCUCAGAAGAGGGGGCUGCAUUAGCGGUGUCCCCAGCGACAAGGAAGAGCUGCCCUCAAUGGUGUGACCACCCACUGCAGAGCCGGGCCCCAGCGCCCAGGAGCACGAGCGCGGUGUUUGACCCCAUCUGUGAACAGCAAUAAACAUGUGACACCUCGUAAAAUGAGA